AUGGCUUCACUCCUUAAGCAGUCUCUCAAGCUCGGGCUCGUCCAACUCGCCUCGGGCGCCGAUAAAGCGCACAACCUUGCGAAUGCGCGCACCAAAGUCCUCGAAGCCGCGAAACGCGGCGCAAAGCUCGUCGUCCUCCCAGAAUGCUUCAAUUCGCCCUACGGCACCAAGUACUUUGACAAGUACGCCGAGACGCUCCUGCCCUCCCCACCAACCGAGUCACAAUCGCCAACGUUCCACGCGCUCUCCAAGCUCGCGAAAGAAGCCAACAUAUACCUAGUGGGAGGCAGCAUACCAGAGCGCGACGACAGCAAAAAGGAACUUUACAACACCAGCCUGACCUUCAGUCCAAGCGGAGAACUGCUCGCCACACACCGCAAAGUGCACCUCUUCGACAUCGACAUACCCGGCAAGAUCAAGUUCCGCGAAUCCGACGUACUGUCCCCAGGCAACAAGAUCACCCUCGUCGACCUGCCCGAGUACGGCAAGAUUGCAAUCGCCAUAUGCUACGACAUCCGCUUCCCCGAACUCGCCACCAUCGCUGCACGCAAAGGCGCCUUCCUCCUGCUGUACCCCGGCGCCUUCAACCUCACGACGGGCGCGCUGCAUUGGGAACUCCUGGCGCGCGCCCGCGCGACGGACAAUCAGGUGUACGUGGGCCUGUGCAGUCCGGCGCGCGACAUGCAGGCAGAUUAUAAUGCAUGGGGGCAUAGCAUGGUGGUGGAUCCGAACGCGGAGGUGUUGCAACAGUUGGGGGAGGAGGAGGGGGUUGUGGUGGAGGAGUUGAGGGAGGGGAGAGUGGAGGAGUGUAGGAAGGGGAUUCCGCUGUAUACGCAGAGGAGGUUCGAUGUUUAUCCCGAUGUUAGUCAGGGCGGGAGGUUUGAGGAGUAG